GUUUCCGAGAAGUUUUUUACCUCGGUGUUUGAAGAUGUCUGCCAGUGUCAAGCACAGACAGGACAGUUCAGCAAUAAUGGGGCUCGCAGCAGUUGGCCUGGCACUUGUAACCAUUGUCAGUGUGUGGAAGUUAAAGCAGUUUAAAUAUAAACUUAUCAAUGAAACUGGAGGUGCAAUGUUUUAUGGCAUGCUUGUGGGUCUAACAGUGAGGUGCUUGUCAUUUGACUGUGAAGAACAUGUGGACGGCAGGGAAACUGUGUACAGUUGUGCUGGUCUUAACAGCACUCCUCACAUCAUGACAGUCAACAUCACAUCACACUUGCACCAUUUCAGACAUGUUGGGCAAGUGGACCAAAGAUGCCCGCCGUUCUCAACCCCUCAUACGGAGACCUUUGAUCCCGAGGUCCUUUUCAAUCUGUUCCUGCCACCCAUCAUCUUCCAUGGAGCUUACACCCUUAAUCAGAAACGUUUCACUGAGAAUCUUGGACCCGUUCUGAGCUUUGCUUUUUUGGGAACCAUAAUCAGCUGCAUGAUUAUAGGGGCCUGCGUCUACGGCUUCACCAGACUGAUGGUGCUGUUGGGCCACGCAGCAGAUGGAGACUUCUUCCUCACUGAUUGCCUCCUGUUUGGUGCCAUUAUGUCAGCCACUGACCCAGUGGCAGUUCUUGGCCUGCUGUCAGAGCUGCGUGUGGACUUGGAUCUGCACACCCUGCUGUUUGGCGAAAGUGUCCUGAAUGAUGCCGUGGCCAUCGUCCUGACACAUGCCAUCACCACCUACGGCCAGAUGGGCGCAGGACAUGCCUUCCACCCCCCUGCCUUCCACCCCCCUGCCUUCUUCCUCUCUGUUGGUUAUUUUCUUGGAGUGCUUGCCGGCUCCUUCCUCAUGGGUUUCAUAUUCACAGUCAUAACAGCCCUCCUCACCAAAUUCACUCGGCUACGUGAGAAUCCACUGCUGGAAACAUCCGUCUUCAUCCUCCUGUCCUGGAGCAGUUUCCUCUCUGCCGAAGCCAGUGGACUGUCAGGUAUUGUGGCAGUGAUGUUUUGUGGCUUGAGCCAGGCAAGAUACACAAUUCACAAUUUAUCUUCCGAGGGCAGGACCAGGAUCAAGCAGCUCUUUGAAGUCUUCAACUUCCUGGGGGAGAUUUUCAUCUUCAGCUACAUGGGAUAUGUAUUGUUGAUGUUUCCUUGCCAUGUCUUCAAAGCUCUCUUCAUUACUGGGGCAUUUCUCUCCAUCUUUAUAUCAAGAGCCUGUAACAUCUACCCUCUUUCAUUCCUCCUGAACCUGGGACGCACACGCAAGAUACCCUGCUCCUACCAGCACUUCAUGACGUUUGCAGGUUUCAGGGGGGUUGUGGCGUUUAGCCUGGCCGCGAGAGACACGUCCACAGAAGUGAAGCAGACCAUCUUCACCACCACCCUACUGCUGGUCAGCUUCACCAUCUGGGUGCUGGGCACGGCUGCUGAUCCCAUGCUGCGCCGUCUGAACAUCAGAGUGGGGGUCGAUGCAGAUGAAAAUCCAGAGGACCUUUCUGUUGAGGUUGCUACAGGGAGGCCAGACACAACACGGGGCCUGUGGCACCGUCUGGACUACAAAUAUCUAAAACCGGUGCUGACACAUUGUGGCCCUCCCCUCACGGACUCGCUGCCACAGUGGUGUGGGCUAUGUGCCAGACUCUUCAGCAGCUCCCAUGUCCAGGAGUACGAAGAGCAGCUGUGUGAGACUGAACCAGACGACUCCAUCUUCAAUUUGGAGAAAACGGAGAAAACAGAGAUCCAGCUAGGAUCUAUGGGUGGUGACUCUGGAUCCGUGCACCAGGAAGACCUGCUGGAGGGAGACCUGGGGCUUGGCACCGCUCCUGCGCUCCCCAGGGAGGCCUGAAACUCCAGGAGUCACCUCCAACCUCAGCUUAUCAGACCCUGCUGCCCCGAGGCUACGGCUCUGCCUCCCACAGUAAAUAGGGUCAGUGGCCAGGGCAUCUGA